AUGUUGGAGGCCAAGCUGCAGCACGCCAGCGUCCUGCGCCGGCUCUUUGAGUCCAUCAAAGACAUGGUCAGCGACGUCAACUUGGACUGCGAUGACACCGGCCUCCGCCUUCAGGCGAUGGAUUCCUCCCACGUGGCGCUGGUGGCUCUAAAGCUCGACGAUGUUGGUUUCGUCCACUUCCGCUGUGACCGCGAGCGGUCGCUCGGCCUCAACCUGGCGAGUGUGUGCAAGGUCUUCAAGCUCUGCAGCAACGCCGAUUCGUGCAGCAUCCAAAACGAGGAAGAUUCGGACACCGUCACGUUUGUCUUCGAGAACGAAGCUGACGAAAAGCUUUCGAGCUUCAGCUUGCGCCUGAUGGCGAUCGACCAAGACGCCCUUCGCGUUCCGGAAGAUGAAACCGCUCACGAUGUCACUGUGAAGAUGUCUGCUCGGGAGUUCGCGAACGUCGUGCGCAUCAUGGGCGAGUUUUCCGACAGCGUGAGGGUUGAGGUGGACAAAUUGGGAGUCAAGUUUGUGACACAAGGCGAUCUCGGAGUUGGCGAGGUGCUACUCAAACCCAAGCCGUUCGCAAAUGGCGACGACAGCGGCGUCGAAAUUCAGGUGAACUCCCCGGUCUGUCAGACGUAUGCAGUGAAGUAUCUGAACUACUUCGCAAAGGCUGCCUCGCUCAGCAGCUCGGUGACUCUCUCGCUGACGGACCAGAACCCGAUCGAGGUUCGCUUCGACAUCCUGGAACCUGCCGCGGGGGCCGCCGCAAGCGCCGGGGGCGACCGAGCUGGUGAUGAGUCCCAGGGCGACGAGGGACGCGCCCGCGAAGGCAGGAGACAGACGCAGCAGCCGCGUUCGUGCAUUGGCCACGUGAAAUUCUUCCUGGCCCCCAAGAUGGACGACGACGCCAUCGGGGGCGAGGAUGACGGAGGCAACGGAGACGCCCGCGGCAUGGAAGAUUCCAUGAUGGACGACUGA